GCUGCUGCGGCCGCAACACGGCCCGUACCAGGCAGAGCGCACGGCGACUUGUUGGAAGUGUUGGGCCACCGUGAGCAACUUUUAUCAGCGUCGAGUGGAAGCACGACUUGGCUGCGCGAGCCCGGAGCUGGUUUUCUACUUGUUACUCAACCCAGGUCGAGUAGAGUCGCUCGUUGCCUACUUCUAGUGCGCCGCUUAGAAUUGUGCUGUACCGUCCCCGGGCCCAGAGCGAGUGUCUCGAGCGCGAUAGCGAAUAUUGUGUGCUUGUUUGUUGCAGUGGCGCAGGGCAUCGCGACUUUGUUUUGUCCCCGCCGUGUGGUGUGUGCCAGUACAUCUUGACGUUGCAUAUUUUUCUAGAAAGUUUAUGCUCGGACGUGCUGCCGCCGCUCUUGCUGUUCGCCACUGCCAUUGUCUUCCCCGCUUCGUGUAAAUCGCAAAUUAAACAUCGCCGUCGUGUGAAAGAAGCGGAAGCGCUCUAGUCCGCCUCCUCUUGUGAAAUCGCGCUUAUACAACGACGAGAGAAAAACGCGUCGGAAAUCGAGUGAUUGUGCACCGUCUCAAGCCAUUUAAGUGUGAUCCAGCCGAAACCUGCUCCAGGCGACCCGCUGCAACAGGUGUCCCAACACUUCCGCCUCAGCUGCGCCAGUGAAGAACAGAAUCCCUUGAAUCUCAUUUCCUGUGAAACUCAUCAAGUGCUUUAAGAAGACUCUGGCAAAAUGUCGACGCUAAUGUUUUGGAACAAGCAAAAUUCUGCAAAUAAUAACAAUAACAAUGAAGUCAAAAAUGGAAAACGCAAUUGGUUGCAUGCGCCCGAUUCCCUCCUAAACGGCCAUGUAGUGUAUCUAGUCAAAUUUUUCGGUAGUACGCCGGUCGAAAAACCAAAAGGCAUAGAAGUCGUAAAGGAUGCGAUACGACGGCUACAGUUUGCCCAGCAGAUGAAAAAGGCGGAGACCGGAAGUAAUGCUCAAAUUAAAAAGGUCGAAAUAACGAUAAGCGUGGAUGGGCUCGCAAUACAGGAGCCACGAACUCAAAAGAUACUUCAUCAAUUCCCAUUACACAACAUUUCCUAUUGCGCGGAUGAGGAAGGCGUUAAGAAAUUCUUUAGUUUCAUUGCGAAGGCGCCAACGCCAAACUCGACCAAUACCACGAAUGAUGCGGAUGAAGGACAUGAGUGCUUCGUUUUUAUUUCCAGUAAGCUGGCUUCGGAUAUUACCCUCACAAUCGGGCAGGCAUUCGAUUUGGCUUAUAGACGAUUCAUGAACGACAGCGCGAAAGGGACAGAGCUCAGUAAAGCCCAAGCACAAAUCAAACAACUAGAAGGAACCGUGGCUACGUACAAGCUACGUCUGAAAGAAAUAUCUGAUCUGGUGCCAAAAGCUGAUUUGGAAAAACUUUUAAUGCGCUUAGGAAUCCGUGAUGUCUGUGAGCUAUCCCAGGAGAGUAACACGCAUAAUGUAACGGACAACAAUAACGUUGUGAACGCGAAUAAAAAGAAAGAAAACAUUGACGACACAAAUCUCCUUAUUGAAACUACAAAUACAUACUUCGCAAAUUUGGCUCCAAAAAAUAUCCAGACUCAAAUCAAUGAUACUCUGGGUGCCUUAAAGACGAACGGUCAAAAAGCCGAAGAACUUCUGCUGAACUCCGACUCUGAUAGUGAUUUUGAUCCACGUGCUGAUGAGAAUUGUAGUAAAUCUGCUGAUGAUUUGUUUGGUUUUGAGCCUCCUAAGACAUUUGGACAGCAGUUAUUCGCCAACCAGCCCAACAAUAAUAGCAUCAUCAACAAUAACAACAGCAACAACAAGUACAUAUCUAAUAAUAGUGCUCCUCAAACUAGUCCACCGCCGUUAUUGGCACCACCUCCUAAAGUUGCAGCACCAAGACGCGGGAAUUCUGUUGUAAACCAGGGCGGAACGCAAGAUCUAUUCGGAUCCGCGCCUUUCAAUCCAAAUGAUACAUCGACUGGUUUUAAUAACAAUUUCAAUCCAAAGCAACCCUCGCUUGUUGAUGACUUCUCCCUUGAGAGUCUGGAUCCAUUACGAAAGUAGCAAAAUUUAAACUAAUUGGCAGGAAUCUCUACGAAGUAAAAAGCCGCAAUAAGGUUAACUAGUAAGUGCGAGAAAUGGAAAAAAGUGAUAAAAAAAUUUAUAUUCAAUAACAAUAAAUGUAUUUUACCUAAUAUAAAUCUCUUAGACAAUAUAUAAUCAUAGUUUUUUGGUUUCUUUAUCGUUUAUUUUUGUUUUCAUUAGAUUUUGCCUAUCUAUUGAAUAUAUGUCAAUAAAAAUGAGAAAAUAAAA